AUGGUCCUGCCAGCACUGGGGGCAGCUGUGUCCCCCCAUCUCCCUGGGGACAGCCAGAGCAGCAGCCUGGGGGACACUCAGCUCUACGUCCAACAUGCCCAACGCUCCUGCGCCCGGCAGUGUGGUGCGCUGGGACUGGAGCCCGGCUCGCCCCCACCCUCACAGAGCCAGGGAACAAAAGGACAGCCACUCACUGUGAAUAAUUUAAUGCCCCAUUUAGCACCAGUCCCUCCAGCCCGGCCUGGACAUCACCCUCAGGCUGAGAUGAAGCGCCCUGAAAAUGCCAGCUGUACAGCCGCGGGGCAUCCCUUUGACACCGACCACCUCCAAGGCAGCAGCCCAGGAGUGAACGUGCCAUUACGCCCUUUGCAGUCCCGUGGGUUUGCUGACGGCUCUGCCCUGGCUGCCUCCAGCCCUGCCGGUUCCCCACGGCCCCGGCCGCCGGCGGGUGCCCAGCUGGGCCGGAGUCCCCUCUCCUCCAGCGGUGUGGCCAGGACACGUCCCCCUGGCCAUGCUGAGGCCCCCGGUUCGCUCAGCGCUGUGGGCGCUGCAGGAGCCUGGGGGCAGGAGAGCGGGCAGGAGAGUGGGCAGGAGAGCGGGCAGGAGAGCGGGCGGGAGAGCAGGCAGGAGAGCGGGCAGGAGAGCGGGCAGGAGAGCGGGCAGGAAAGCGGGCAGGAGAGUGGGCAGGAAAGCGGGCAGGAGAGCGGGCAGGAAAGCGGGCAGGAGAGCAGGCAGGAGAGCGGGCAGGAAAGCGGGCAGGAAAGCGGGCAGGAGAGCGGGCAGGAAAGCAGGCAGGAGAGUGGGCAGGAAAGCGGGCAGGAGAGCGGGCAGGAAAGCGGGCAGGAGAGCGGGCAGGAAAGCGGGCAGGAGAGUGGGCAGGAAAGCGGGCAGGAAAGCGGGCAGGAAAGCGGGCAGGAGAGCGGGCAGGAGAGUGGGCAGGAAAGCGGGCAGGAGAGCGGGCAGGAAAGCGGGCAGGAGAGCGGGCAGGAGAGCGGGCAGGAAAGCGGGCAGGAGAGUGGGCAGGAGAGUGGGCAGGAGAGCGGGCAGGAAAGCGGGCAGGAGAGCGGGCAGGAAAGCGGGCAGGAAAGCGGGCAGGAGAGUGGGCAGGAGAGUGGGCAGGAGAGCGGGCAGGAAAGCGGGCAGGAAAGCGGGCAGGAAAGCGGGCAGGAGAGCGGGCAGGAGAGUGGGCAGGAGAGCAGGCAGGAGAGCGGGCAGGAGAGUGGGCAGGAGAGCGGGCAGGAAAGCGGGCAGGAGAGCGGGCAGGAAAGCGGGCAGGAAAGCGGGCAGGAGAGUGGGCAGGAGAGUGGGCAGGAGAGCGGGCAGGAAAGCGGGCAGGAGAGCGGGCAGGAGAGCAGGCAGGAGAGCAGGCAGGAGAGCGGGCAGGAGAGCGGGCAGGAAAGCGGGCAGGAAAGCGGGCAGGAGAGCGGGCAGGAAAGCGGGCAGGAAAGCGGGCAGGAGAGCAGGCAGGAGAGCGGGCAGGAGAGCGGGCAGGAGAGCGGGCAGGAAAGCGGGCAGGAGAGUGGGCAGGAAAGCGGGCAGGAGAGCGGGCAGGAGAGCAGGCAGGAGAGCGGGCAGGAAAGCGGGCAGGAGAGCGGGCAGGAAAGCGGGCAGGAGAGUGGGCAGGAGAGCGGGCAGGAGAGCGGGCAGGAAAGCGGGCAGGAGAGUGGGCAGGAGAGCGGGCAGGAAAGCGGGCAGGAGAGCGGGCAGGAAAGCGGGCAGGAAAGCGGGCAGGAGAGCGGGCAGGAGAGUGGGCAGGAGAGCGGGCAGGAGAGCGGGCAGGAGAGUGGGCAGGAGAGCGGGCAGGAAAGCGGGCAGGAGAGCGGGCAGGAAAGCGGGCAGGAGAGCGGGCAGGAGAGCGGGCAGGAGAGCUUGCUGCUCGCUUGCUUCUCCAGGAGGGCUUUGCAAAAGUUCCCUGUGCCCCAGUCAUUGCACAGUCACAGCAAAGGGAGGGGGAGCGAACGCCUCGGCUGCACCCCGAGCCGGGGAAGGAGCCCCCCACCACGCCACGGCUGCCGGUGA